AAGUUCAUGGUAGUCAUGUUUUGUAAAUAAAGUGCUCGACGUCAAAUGUUUUAGUUAUGUGUAUAAUAUGUUAUGGAGUUUUGUUUGGAAAGGAUAAUUUUUUUUAAUGGUUUGUUGAAUUAUUCACGAAGUGCUAGAGGAAUCUGGCGAUCCGUCAAGUUGAAUUAGCAAGUGCAUUUAUUUGUGAUAAUAGCCUCAACCAGCCACCAAACUACACUUGGCAAUCUUUAUUUAACAGUACAGACGUUUAACCUCCAUUAUGUGGGAUGUUGAGAUUAGGGGCAUGGCAUCAGCCCAUGUCAUCAUUGCAUCGUCCAUCUUCAUGGCAACUGUAAUGCCUGCUGUGUUGGUGGAAAACUUCUCUGUUUAUGGGACUCACAUGGUUUGGCUGUAUUGUGUGGCCGGAUCUGUUGCUGUGGUCAACAUUGUGGUGUUUUGGCUUCUAGGCAUCAGCCCAUCAACAAAGAAGAACACGUUGAGCUGCAAAAUCAAUAGAUUGUUCAGAUCCUGUCUGUACUUUCUACUGUCAUGCCUCUUUUUUCAUACUGUGGUUGUACUGUAUGGCGCACCUCUACUAGAGUCUGCCCUGGAGACGUUUUCUCUGGCCAUGCUGCUGUCCACACUUACUACAUUAAGAUGUUUGUGCAUACUGGGCCCUAACGUACAAGCUUGGAUCCGGGUUUUCAGCAGAGAUGGAGCAAUGUCAGUGUGGGACACCUCGCUUCAGAUUACCACUGGCUGUAGUGUUGUUGGGGCCUGGCUGGGAGCUUUUCCUAUUCCUCUUGACUGGGACAGACCCUGGCAGGUUUGGCCCAUCUCCUGUACCCUUGGCGCAACUACUGGAUUUCUGACUGGCCUCCUCGCUGCUCCUGUCUGGAUCCAUUGGCAUCGCAAACAGCUCACCUACAAGCUUAAGUGAGCAACAGAAGGGCUCAAAGUUACAGGCCACCAGGAACUGAGAGAGAGAAAGCGAUUGAGAUGUGUCAAAAAAUAGAGAAAAAAAACCAAAACAAUUGUCCAUCCUGGUGCCUGGCCAACGUGCAUGCUCCAAAUCCCAGAAAUGACCUUUGACUCUGAGGUCACAUUUACAACAAUAAACAUCUGUCGUUUUCUUUGAUUAAUAGAAUAUUUAGUUUGUAGUAUGCUCUUCAUGGCAGUAUAUUUAUUUCUUCAUUCCUCUUAAUUGUCUUGUAAAUAAAGCCAGUACUGACAGAGAAAUGUUGUAAAAUGAAAAUGUUUUGCAAACCAAA